AUGCCUUCAGACCCAGCUCCGGUCCGGAUCUCCAAUAUCGCAGGGCGCUACCUCAUCUUCGACUCGGACGCUGCUGCCCUUCUCCGUCGCAACGAGAACGUCAACGGGACGCUGGCCGGAACGGCGCCUCAGCAGCCGACCCAGAACAUCUUUCUCGGUCUACCUGUCGAGCUCCGACCAGAGGAGGCCGAGUCGCUGGUGCAGAAGAAGGUGGCUUUUCUCGUAGAUGACGUAGCUGCCCAUCAGGCUGCGCUGCGCAGCCCCAACCCUGAGGCGAAGAGGCUAUACCUCGACUCGCUCAAGACAAGGAAGCAAACUGCCCAGCAGGUUUUUGCAGAGAAGAAUGCAAAGAGAGCCAUGGAAGUGGCAGAAAAGCAUGGAAGGCCCCGCCCGACCGCCUCUCGAACCACCCCUAGCAAUGCAGAUGACGAUGCUCUCUUCUCAAGUGACCAGCCUGAACCCAACCCGCGUCAGACGGAUGCUGCAUUCAAGUCCCUCGGUGUCACACCGACAUCCAGUGGUUCGUUGAUCUCCCCUGAAGCAGAAAGGACAUAUCUUGCCGAGAAGCCGACAACAGGCCCACUGUGUGGCUUCCUCUUGACCUCUGGUUACUACAUGACACCAGGGCUACGGUUUGGUGCCAAGUACAGUGUCUACCCCGGUGACCCUCUGAGAUUCCAUGCGCACUUCAUGGCGAAUCAGUAUGGCUGGGAAGAAGAGAUUCCCGUUCUGGACAUCGUAGCAGGAGGCCGCCUUGCCACGGCAGUCAAGAAGGCUUUCCUGGUAGGAAGCAAGCAACCAGGGGAUGAAGAGCUGCCAGACGGCAAGAUGCGAACCUUUAGUAUUGAAUGGGCAGCGAUGUAA